AUGUCGCUAUUAAAAAUUCCAAAUUCUCGGUCUUCGCCAUCACGUGCUUCGUCAUCCAAAGAGUCUUCAGGUGAUCUAGGAGACUUCUCACCUCUUUGGUCUUACUUACAGAAUGACAAUCAAGAUAUUAACAGUUUAGGAGAUUUCGGAAAGUUAUGGCGAUUUCUACAAGGGGAGAGAGAGAAAUGGUGUAAUUCUGGUUCUGCCUCUAUUGAGGACAUUGACGGUUUUUUGACCUCAAGCGGUCAACCAUCAUGUGAAGGAAAACAACCUCCGGUAUUACCUCACUCUUCUUCUUCUGAAUAUUCUUCUGAAGAAGAGAUCUUAAUCGCUAAACAUAAAGCGAUCAAAGUAGUACAGCCAUCAAAGAAGAAAGUUGAAGGUGUCGUGGUCGUUACCGUAAAUAAAGGUAACGAAAAGGUGACGAACAAGAAGGGUAGGAAAGGUAAAAAACAAUCAGAACACAAAUCGAAUAAAGACAAUGUAAAAACAAUUAUAAAUAAUGGCAAUAAAAAAGUGCAUUUUGAAAAUGAUGUAAAUUCAUUAAAUAAUCAAAAACAGCAAGAACCAGCUUUUCUCGUAAACAAUCAAAAAAUGAAUGAUAGGAUCAAUUCAAAAAUGGCCUUCAAAUUUAGCGUACCGAUCCCAAUUAAGAUAUCAGAUGAUCCUAUCCAUGUUUUUAUUGAUAAUUCCAACAUUCUCUUUGGGUUCUUGGCAUACUGUCGGCAACAAAGUCUCAUAAAUCGUACCCAAAACUCUCAAGACGUUUUGGAAAAAAAGAAACCCAUGUUAGAAUAUGAUGCGCUCUUUACCAUUCUCGAACGUGGGAGAAACAUUGCACGCAGAGUUUUAGUGGCUUCCUCUCCAUUAUACCAACCACUCGACAAAGCCGCUCAAACCGGUUACGAGGUUUCGGUUCUUAAGCGCGUGAAAAGAAGUAUUUUUGACGAUGAUGUAAACACGCAACAAUUAGAUCAUAAUGUUAGUGGCUAUCAACAACCACCACCUUUCGAGAUGGAAAAAGAACAGUGUGUUGAUGAACUUCUCCAUCUCAAGAUCUUGGAAUCCUUACUCGAUUAUCAUGCGCCUGCCACUUUAGUCCUCGCUAGCGGCGAUGGCAAAGAUGCAGAAUAUUUCCAAGGAGGAUUCCACAAGUGCAUAAUUAAAGCUUUGGAACGAGGAUGGAAAGUCGAAGUCAUUAGUUGGCAACGUCAGUUAAGCCAAAACUUCCUGAACAAAAAGUUCUUGAGCAAGUGGAAGGGCCUUUAUCAUGUCGUCUUUUUGGAUUGGUUCGCCAAGGAGUUGGGACCUGUUUCAGAUUUUACGUUUGGUUGCUCUAGAUCUAUACUUCUGGCUGUUCCAAAUCUAUUGACAUUAUUUUAA